GGAGACAUCUGCUUCCGGGGCCGCGGCCAUCGCGACACUUCGGCUCGACAGGCCCGCAGAGCUGUACGCAGGAGCUGACCCCGGCCCCUACUGUCCCUGAGUCCCGGCCGCCUUCGCUCCGCCGCCCGCCUCCUGAGCCAGUCAUGUUGGAGUAUCUGAGCUCCCUGCCCACGCAAAUGGAUUACAAGGGCCAGAAGCUAGCUGAACAGAUGUUUCAGGGAAUUAUUCUUUUUUCUGCAAUAGUUGGAUUUAUCUACGGGUACGUGGCUGAACAGUUCGGGUGGACUGUCUAUAUAGUUAUGGCGGGAUUUGCUUUUUCGUGUUUGCUGACACUUCCUCCAUGGCCCAUUUAUCGCCGGCACCCCCUCAAAUGGUUACCUGUUCAAGACUCAGGCACAGAAGACAAGAAACCAGGGGAAAGAAAAGUUAAGAGGCAUGCUAAAAAUAAUUGAUUGGGGUUUUCAUGAUUGAGCUUUACUACUGCAUCUGCUUUUGUUUCGUGUGACAUGAGCUAAAUUGUUUUCGUAUCCAAAACAUGAGCUAAAACACCUGUGCUCAGCUGUGUACAGAUUUUGUUCUCUCUGUAUUUCACUUCUCUGUUGGGUUUUGAUUUAUAAAUACUUUAGACCUUCUCUUCACAGUCUUCUCCUGAAAUGGAGAACAGAAAACACAAGUAUGCAAAGUUUCUUUCAGGUCUACAAAAUAAUGAAGAAUAAAAGCCUCAUAAAUGAUAGUACAAUUUAACUAUCAAAGUUUUAUAAUUCAUUAUGACUCGUCAGGCUGUUUUAAUGUUUUCAAAUAAAACUCACAGUGCAACUCAA